CAUUAUAAACAGAGGAAUGUAAGCUGUAAAACCAGUCCAAGAAGAGAACCUACAAACUAGACUUGUAGAUUAAAAUUAUCUGAUCAAAAAGGCAGACUCUGUAAAUUUCCUUAAGACCUACCUUGGCGUAAAGGCUGACCCAGCAAAAGAACUGAGAAAUACAGCCUGAGAUGGACAGCAGUAAUUGCAAAGUUAUUGCUCCUCUCCUAAGUCAAAGAUACCGGAGGAUGGUCACCAAGGAUGGCCACAGCACACUUCAAAUGGAUGGCGCUCAAAGAGGUCUUGCAUAUCUUCGAGAUGCUUGGGGAAUCCUAAUGGACAUGCGCUGGCGUUGGAUGAUGUUGGUCUUUUCUGCUUCUUUUGUUGUCCACUGGCUUGUCUUUGCAGUGCUCUGGUAUGUUCUGGCUGAGAUGAAUGGUGAUCUGGAACUAGAUCAUGAUGCCCCACCUGAAAACCACACUAUCUGUGUCAAGUAUAUCACCAGUUUCACAGCUGCAUUCUCCUUCUCCCUGGAGACACAACUCACAAUUGGUUAUGGUACCAUGUUCCCCAGUGGUGACUGUCCAAGUGCAAUCGCCUUACUUGCCAUACAAAUGCUCCUAGGCCUCAUGCUAGAGGCUUUUAUCACAGGUGCCUUUGUGGCGAAGAUUGCCCGGCCAAAAAAUCGAGCUUUUUCAAUUCGCUUUACUGACAUAGCAGUAGUAGCUCACAUGGAUGGCAAACCUAAUCUUAUCUUCCAAGUGGCCAACACCCGACCUAGCCCUCUAACCAGUGUCCGGGUCUCAGCUGUACUCUAUCAGGAAAGAGAAAAUGGCAAACUCUACCAGACCAGUGUGGAUUUCCACCUUGAUGACAUCAGUUCUGAGGAAUGUCCAUUCUUUAUCUUUCCACUAACCUACUAUCACUCCAUUACACCAUCAAGUCCUCUGGCUACUCUGCUCCAGCAUGAAAAUCCUUCUCACUUUGAAUUAGUUGUAUCCCUUUCAGCAAUGCAGGAGGGCACUGGAGAAAUAUGCCAAAGGAGGACAUCCUACCUACCCUCUGAAAUCAUGUUACAUCACUGUUUUGCAUCUCUGUUGACCCGAGGUUCCAAAGGUGAAUAUCAAAUCAAGAUGGAGAAUUUUGACAAGACUGUCCCUGAAUUUCCAACUCCUCUGGUUUCUAAAAGCCUAAACAGGACUGACCUGGAUAUCCACAUCAAUGGACAAAGCAUUGACAAUUUUCAGAUCUCUGAAACAGGACUGACAGAAUAAGACUUAUCCAUUUUUUAAUGUAUUAAAUACACCCAGCCAGUUAUGCAGCUACUUUUUCUUUACUGUAUCUCAUGUUUUCUUUUUUCAAUGCUAAUUAUAGCUCUCUACAUCACGGUAAUCAUGCCUACGCCCACAUAAAAAUGGCUGAGCUAACAAUACACAUUCUGGAAACAUAACACUCUACAUUACAAAGUUUGUUACCUGCUGAAAUCAAUGUAACUCAACUUGACAGACACUUAUACAGAAAUGUUGCUGGUGAAUUUAUAAGAAUGUGGUACGAUACUAGUAAUGAAGGCAAAAUGGACAGUGAAGUUUAACACAACUGAACUCUAAGAAAAUCAACCAUUCUCUCAUUUUCAUCUGCAAAUUGAAGCAACAGUUUAGUUUCAAACCUAGCUCCCUGGGUAGAAUGAUGACUUCACCAUACUUAGUGAACACCCUUUAAGAGCUGGGAUUUUUUUCAAGACAACAAAGAUCACUCAUUUGGUUCUUUCUACUAUGAAACUUAAGUAAGUAUUACCUCCUUAAUUUUUAACAACUAAGAACAAAAAUUAACGAGAAAAAUAACAAAGUACAGAUUUAUACAUAAACCUAAAAGCAUUUGAACAUGACACCCGAACACAUACAUAUAUGUUCACUUAUUUGUGGCAGAAGGUGAUCAGAUAAGAUAAGCUCCGCCCAAAUGGAACCUGCAGGGUGGUAUUUUGCAUCGCAAGGAGACGCAAAAUUUUAUUUUAAAACUGUCCCCCAUAAUAAUCAAACAGUGAUUCAUCUAAAUGACUUCUAGCAACCUAAGUAAAAACAUUCCCCUCCUAUGUAUGAUUCAUUUGAUCAUAGAAAACAUCAUGAUGGCUCUAAUUCAUAAAUACAAAAAUAUAUUUAAGUCUUUAUGGAUACAAAGCUUUACUUAGAUAUAACUUGAGUGAGUAGGGAAAAAAAUCUACAGUAGAUAAAGCAAAAGAUAAUUAGGCAACAAAGCAUUUUCAAACCCAAAUUCCUGUUUCCAACUUCAAAUAGUUUUUUCUAUAAACACAAAAUCAGUGUUUAUUCACCAGUAGGAGGUUGGACUAGAUGAACUCUAUUAUUUCUUUCUAAAUCUAAUACUCCAUAAAAAUUAUGUUUCCUCUGUUUCAUUUUUUAUUUUAUCUAUGCUAAAAUGAGCCCUUUCCCUUAUGUCCAGUUUAAGAUGAUCAUUUGCAUGAUUUUCAUUUCAAUAAAAAAAAGAGAAACUGUCCUUAAACAAAACAAAAACCAAAAAAGUCACCCUAUCAGGUUUCAAACAGAUUUGUGGCUGUUCUUUUCUGAAAUUUCCCUUAUUCAGGUUUCUGUGGGAAAAAUGAAAGAUUAACCUUCCCCACUGGUGAUGACCUAGGCAGGAAUCAUCUCUUGAAAUAAAUACUAGCUGAGUAAAGGCAAGCAGGUGUGAAGAGCAGGGCUCAGCAGCAAGUCACAUUUUUCUACUAUUUGACCAAAAGGAAAAGAAAAUAAAGAAGAACUCUGGAGUGGUCUAAGACUGAUAAUAUCAGAAUAUCAAGAACACAGAAACUUAAUUAUUGUGAACUUUUGCUGUUUGAAAAUCUUAGACAUUCAUUCUUAAGUAGAAAUCAGACCAACAGAUUUUCCCAACCCAAGACUAUUGUAACACAUAAAGACAGCAACAAUUCUUAUUUCUAUAAUAAAUUAACAAGAUUCACCUAACCUGUGAAAAUAAAGUAGUAUUGAAGA